AUGCCCGAUUUGGCAUACAGCCGUACUCAACUCAGUAUUAUCGGUUCGUUACCUAUUGUUUCUCGUUUAACUGUUAUUGAAAGCAUUAAGGCUUACGGUUUAUGCAGAUCACACCUGUCAUUCAAAUUCCGAAAAACAAAACGGGGCUCUAGAGGAGUUGCCCGGAGACGCAUUCCAACAAUUGUGUCAAGGAAAAGAUCAUAUCUGAAUUCAGGUGGUGGAGUCAACUACAACAAUCUGAUAUCUAUUGAGCUUGGUGGUCGUUGUCGAUCUAAGUCUGAUCGCUCCGAGCUAAAGUGGUGUUUAAUCAAUUCACGCUUUGUUCGAAAUAAAUCAUGUGCCAUAUCCGAAUUUGUUGUUGAACAUGACUUGGAUUACUUAUUUAUUACUGAAACCUGGCUAAAAGGUGAUGUUAGUGAUGGCCCUGUUAUUGCAGAAUUAACUCCUAGUGGUUUUGAAUGUCGGAAUUUUCCACGACUCACUGGGACUGGUGGUGGUAUCGCCUUCAUCCACAAGUCUAGCCCUAUUGGAAAGGUAACAACGAAAUAUCCACAAUGUUUUCCAUCAUUUGAGUGGCUAGAAAUUACUGUUGAUUCCAAUCAAGGUCGCAUUACAUAUAUUCUUGUGUACCGUCCGCCGCCAAGCUCUGUAAACAACCUUAGUUUUAAUGGUUUUUUAUCGGAUUUUGUGGAUCUUUUAGCUAUUUACGCUCUAAAAACUACACCUAUCAUUUAUCUUGGAGAUUUUAACAUUCAUCGUAAUAAACCUGAUGAUCGUGAUAGUCAACAAUUCUCUGAACUACUAAAAAUACAUGGAUUAGUUCAGCUUGUGGAUAAACCCACACAUCAAUCUGGAAAUUUGUUGGAUCUAGUUAUCACUCGCGAAGAUUAUGUUUCAUCACUGGAAGUUCAUCCUGCCUUUGCUGUCUCCGACCAUUACCCAAUUUUCUUUAAACUUUCUUUUCAUCAGGAAGGGUCUGUAAAUCGCAGAAAAAUUACCUAUCGCAGUCUUAAGAGUUUUGAUAUUGAUAAUUUUGCAUCUAAGAGUUGGAAAACAAUAUUUCAAGUAGAUACUGCAACUAAAUUACAGAUCAUCAAUACUACAGUCUCACAAACUUUUGACAAAUAUGCACCGUUUAAGACAAAGACUGUACCUGCUCGCGCUCCUAAGCCAUGGAUUAACGCUGAUAUCUUUCGUGCUCGUGCUGAACGCCGGAAGGCAGAACGAACAUGGCGACGAUCUGGAUUAGCAAUUCACCGUCAAAUUUAUCAAUCAAAACGCAAUGAGGUCAACAAAUUGAUUGAAAUUUCUCGCACGAAUCAUUUCACGCAGGCGAUUUCCGCUUGUGAAGGAGAUCAAAAAAAGUUAUUUAACAUUGUGAAUGAUUUAUUUGGUUCCCGAAGGGGGAAGAAUGUGCUUCCUAUCCAUGCCAACAAAGACGAUGUGUCUAAUGUCUUUAGCAGGUUUUUUGUGGAGAAUAUUGAAAACAUCAAUCACAAACUGAAAUCGAAUUCAACUCCAGUGAAGGCUACAACAAUUUGCCUAAUUUUUCUGGUGAUUACAUGGAAUCUUUUGAACCAGCUACGAUAA